CCCGCUCUUUGAAUGUUCCGGUUAGCAGGACGGUCUUCCGGAAACUGCGACUUGCGUGGGAUUACGAUUUGAGAGCGUUUUGAGGUAGUAAGAACAGCGUGACAAUGAGUAAAGCACAUCCACCAGAGUUGAAAAAGUUCAUGGAUAAGAAGCUUUCAUUAAAGCUUAAUGGAGGGCGCCAUGUUCAGGGCAUCUUGCGUGGAUUUGACCCGUUCAUGAACUUGGUGGUGGAUGACACUUUGGAAAUGGCACCAGGGGGACAACAGAACAACAUCGGCAUGGUGGUAAUCAGAGGAAACAGCAUCAUUAUGUUGGAAGCGCUGGAAAGAGUAUGAUGGGUUUUGAGCGACGUUCCAUCCGUGGCGAUCUGUUUGUCUUUUUCUACAUUUUAUUUGAGAUGACUACGUGUAAAGAUUUGUUGUAGCGAAGUGCUAUGAAAGCUGACUAUGAGAAACAUAAUGGAAAUGGGAUUGAUUUUUUUUUUUUGUAAGCUUAUGUUUGAAAAAAUAAAAUGAAGUUGUUUUGAAA